GGGUUAGAUUUUAAUAUUUACUUACUUUAAUUUGUCUAAAUAGUUUUAAUUUUUUAAGUUGGGUAAUUACGCAUUUUAUCGAAGUUUUGCAAAAUCAACAUUAGCAUUUGUCGAAGAGUGACAUAAAAGAAAAUGAGAUUUAAAUAAUUUUUUGUUGCAUCCAAGGAUUGCUUUCAAUUUUAGUUUAAUAGAAAUUUAUAGAAAUUUAAUGAAAAGAAAAUCACAUAAAAUUUGCUUGCGCACAUGUAACAUUAUGCAUAACAAACCAACCAAGUAAGACUGUUCAAUAAAGAUAUGUGAACUAUUACGAACUAUUCAAAAUUCAAAUUAGAUUUCGUACUAGAUUUAAAUAUAAAUUCAAAUUAUUCAAAAAUUUCGAAUUUAAAUAGUUCGAAUAUAAAUUAUAUAAUUAUAUAAUUAAUGUAGUUGACAAUUUUAUAGAGUUAUUUGAAAUGAUAAUAUAUAAUAUUUUUCUUGUUUAAGUAUUCUUUCAUUAUAUUUAUGUCUUAAAAUUGAAUUUAACAAUAAUUAUAUUCUUAAUUGAAAAUUGUUUUAAUAAUUUAAUUCGCUUUGAUUCAAAUAAAAUUUUGUCGAUUUGAUUCUAUUUGGCAUCAAAAAAUUUUGAUUCGCACAUUUCUACCGUUCAAAUGAACACGUAAUUAUUUUAUGUAUCAUUCGACAGAAAACAAAAAUGGAGAUUAUGGAAGAUGGGAAUUUAGUCGAUCGUGUAAGAAUUUUGUUGCAACGGGAUAUGCAAUAUUACCAGGAGAUGCAAACAGUUUUGAGAGAACCUCUCUGUAUUCGAAUCAGCGGUGGUAAGCUCGAUUUUCCCCGACACGCCUCAUUCGCCGCAAUUAAGAUCGUCACUUGGUGGGAAGCGGAUUUCGUAGCCGCUUUUAAACGCGCUUCCGGUUUGAGUUCUGCCGGAAACGGAAAUGCGUCCAGCAUUGACAGCGAAGAUGGUGCUAUUAAACGGAUUCACCCAUCUGAAUUUAUCCUGCUCGUUGUCGACACCGCUGAGCAAUUGCUAGAACAUCUGCACAUGUUGAUUCAGGAAUCCUUGGAUCACGCCGAUCUCACUGUGCUCACCGCUACUUUGGGGGCAGCGGCAUUGAUACGUAACUGUUUGUGGUGUUACAAUCAACAAGCAAAAGGAACAAUCUCUUCUCAAUCAAGCGAAAAGAUUAAUAAGUCUCACAAAGCAUUCCACGAAAUGGCCGAAGCCGUGGCAGAGAGGUUGCUCGAUCUACACUGUCGAUUAAUCUCCUUAUACAUUCUCAAUGAGGCAGACUCUCUCAGCUGGCACAGCAACAAACCAUUCUUUGAAAGGGAGCGAUGCUCCUACGUUAUACAGAUGUGGUGGCUGUAUAUGCAAGGUACUAAGGCGGAUUUAUGGAACACAGUCUCGCCUAAGAUGGCACAGCGCGUAUUUUCAGAGAUGCUAAAUGAAUCUCUGUCUAUCAUAACUACGCGAUUCAUUCACGGGCGACCGACACUGGCACGGUCCGAACAGUUUUGGUCGGACGCCUUUAACGUGCUUUGCUGCACAGGCUAUCUCGCUUUAGGUGCCUGUGUCGACAGCGACGGAAUGAUUGGAGCACGUUCGAACAACUUGCCCACAGUGAUAAGAGAUAUACAUGCAAAAUGUAAUGAACUGUUGAUCUGUUUGUUGCUUAGAGGCACACCUCUCAAAGAAUUGUAUCAGAUCUUUCGACACGGAUUAGAAAAUCUGACAAUUCUGCGGCCUCGACGUGGUCCUGCUCCUUGGCUGUUGAUAUGCGCUCCAAAUUUAUUAGGAUUAAGUGCGAUUGAUUCUCUCGCUGACAUUAUAACGUUAUCCGAGGAUAAAGUUGUCAUUCUUGAGUUGAACGUUUUGAGGCAUCAGCCUCAACCUAACUGGCCUCAAUUGAUGAAGGUAAUAUCGAUGAGCAAUUACACUGUGGCUAGGAUGUUGCUGAAGACCUUAGUACGGCAGAACGUGGGCGUUACAUGCGUAGAUGACAGCGACAUAGCUGACAAAUCGAAGAAAGGCGAAAAAAGUUGCAGCGGUUUCUUAUGCAGCGGGUCGGCGUGCGACAAAGCUCUAAAAAUAACUUCGGCUCUGGCAUUAUACAGCUUAUUUCACGUAUUGGUGAUAACCGUUAAUGAACCGGAGCACGUAAUUAUACCGGCGCUAAAGCAAGAUCCAAACUGGUUCAUUUAUUUGGAUAGACAACAGGUUUGGAAUCAGUCGCGGCCACCCUGGCUCAAUGCGCUGAUAAAGCCGCUGAAGACCAUGAUGCAGCCGGUGGCCGAGGUGCUUUUGGAGGCCGCGAAAACAGGUGCCAGUAUAUAUCAAGCCAUGUCCCUUGCGAUUGGCUGCUUCGCCGAGUUAUACGUGACCGCCUUGACUCCAGUUUUACGCGCCGCGUUCGCGUUAAACGACAACAUCCCCGCGCACUGUCGGCCGAUCGGUGGCAACGUGUUGCUCCAGGUUUUGUGCGCCGCUCUGUACUCUACCCUUCUGGACGUGUCCGCGAAGGGCAGGAACGAAUCCCAUGGUACAUCGGUUUCCGGGGACACGUGCUGCGAGCUGAGUCCGUUCAAUCCCUACGACAGAUCUACCGCCGCAACGGCGCUCGCUGAAGCGAUUUGCAGCAUCGACGAGGACAAUAAGCACACGUCGCAGAUAGACGCCUUCGUGUUUCUUGUAGAGAACAGCCUCAAGAAGGAGAAUCAGAAUCCGAGAAACGGCGAAUUACAGAACAUGGCUUGCGUCAUCGAGACUUAUACGGACGAAUUGUUGUUCACGAAUAUCGGGCGACGUUCUUUAAAAAUUGCAUACGAGUAUCUAGUUCGAGCGUCCGACUGGGUAUUAGACAAUUUACGUCGCAGCGAGGAGAGCAAGCAGAUAGAUUUUCUCAAUCUGCCGGACAUCUCGCCCAUCGUGAAACCUCUCACACAUAUAAUGUUUCAUAUCGAGGACACGUGCUUUGAUCAAUUUAUGACUAAUUACGAGAAAACGAAUUGGUCAAAGGCAUUAACGAUGCCUCUGUCAAUUACUUUGGAGCGUGUACGAAGUCAGGUUCUCCUAAGACCGGAAUUCAAGAACGUCGGGGAUCUAAGUCGUGAAGAUAAAGAAGUGGUGCAAUCCAUCAAAAGAAUUUGCUCGUUUGUCAGGUCAGCACAUUUUAAAUAAGUCAUUUGCACGCGUAAUGUUCAGCAAUAUAUCCUGUAAUUUAUCCGAUAGACUCAAAUGUUAAUUCUAUGUUAUACAUCGAUAUAAUCAAAUAUGUACAUUCGUCCAAUAAAAUAACGGAUCCUCGGAAAUAUUACAUAGAGAGACGUUUUUUCCUAUAAAAUAUUUUGCUGGCAUUUAUAGCUUUCGAAAAUAUCUUGGUAAAAUGUAGCCUGCAUUUUUUACAUUUUACAUAAUGCAUUUAGAAAUAAACGGUCGCCAAUUUCUUUUCGCGGUAAAGUUCAUAUAAACUACUUUUCCGUCAUCGAAAGUUUUUAAUCCCAAUUUUAUUGUCUGAAAGUUUUUGCGGUCUUUUUAAUCUAUCUAAAAGAGAGAAAAUCCUUUUAGCGACAUGAAUUAAGCGUUUCUUCGUUCUUCUCCUAUUCUUUUCCCAUUAUUUAAAUUAUUGCCGCCAUUAAUACCAAAACUUUACUACGUCAAACUGCCAUUAUUUUAUUAACAACUAACACGAUUGCGUUGCUACUCAUAGGUGAUACAUUCAUUGAAUAUAUUCACCGAAUAUAUCCAUGAAAAGUGUUCUGCCAUGGGAUUCACAUGGGAGUUCAAGAAUUUUCUAGAACACGUUUACUGCAGAGGAAUAAAUGUGACACAAUGUUACAUAAUAAUUUAUUUUUAAUUUUGCAAAUUGACAUAUCGACAUACUUGAGACGCGACUCUCUUUUUGUGGCGAAUAACUAAUAUCGAUGAACAAUCCACAUUUUGCAUCAAAGUUUUGCGAUCGAUGCCCAUUACGCAUGAAAAUUUUAAAUUGUUAUAUCAUAUAGUUUCCAAUAUAUAUGUAUACAUUAUGAGAACGUUCUAUUUGACCACAUUGCGUUUAAUUCAUAGCCACUCACAAUUAUCGAUGCUUAGGGUUUUUUCGCUGAAUUAACCAAUCAGAAAAUU